CGGACGGUAGUACGUGUGAGCUAAUCAAGCGAAUUAUUUUCUUCGGCUUCGACCAUAUUGUUGUGAGUGGCCAUCGAUUAUAUUUUAUCUAAUACAGAGUGUGCAGUAUUUUAUUCUCAACAUCGCUGCAUAAAUGUUAUCGCGAUGUCAACGUGUAAAAAAAGAAAUAAUGUUUAGAAUACUCAGCAGAUUUGACAUCUCAUAUUUCAAUGUAUAAAUUACUUAAAAUAUAGAUGGAAUUCAAAUUUAAGAAAUGACAUUAAAGAAUAAUGAGAAGAAAUUUAAAUAUAAAGGAAAGUAAUUUAUGCACAACUAUUGAAUAAUGUUCUAUGAGAUCAACUUGCAAUCUAAAACAAUGUAAAUAUCAGACUUCAAUCAAUCGCAAUGGCUAUUUAUAAUCUAACAGGAGCACUCACAAACAACUCAGAUCUAUUUUGGAAUAACUACACAGAAACAUCAACUAUGUGUCUUCCUCAAAACGUUCCGUACAUCAAUGUCAUUACACAAAUUCUAUACGCUAUUGUGUGCAUUGUGGGAUUAUUAGGAAAUACGUUGGUAGUAUAUGUAGUACUGCGCUUUUCAAAAAUGCAAACAGUCACUAAUAUGUACAUUGUAAAUUUGGCUAUUGCUGAUGAAUGCUUUCUAACGGGAAUACCAUUCUUGAUUACAACCAUGCAUCUAGGGCACUGGCCAUUUGGCAACGCCAUGUGUAAAGCGUAUAUGAUAUCAACCAGUAUAAAUCAAUUCACAAGUAGCAUAUUUUUAUUUAUAAUGAGUGCCGAUAGAUAUAUCGCCGUCUGUCAUCCUAUAUCAUCGCCAAGGUUUCGAACGCCAUUUAUAUCUCGAAUAGUUUCGGUUAUUGCAUGGAUUGCUAGUGCUUUAUUUAUGAUUCCCGUUUUUUUAUACGCAAGUACGAUAGAAAUAGCACAAGAUAAAGCUACGUGCAACAUUAUGUGGCCGGAAAGCGGAAAUGAUAAUGGACAGACAACGUUUACACUUUACUCUCUAGUUUUGGGUUUUGCAGUACCAUUAACAUUAAUUAUGAUAUUUUAUUGUCUUGUUAUUCAAAAACUCAGAACAGUGGGCCCAAAAAACAAAUCCAAAGAAAAAAAACGUUCACAUAGAAAAGUUACAAAACUUGUGCUGACUGUGAUCACUGUAUAUAUACUAUGUUGGUUGCCUUAUUGGAUUUCCCAAGUGGCGCUAUUGUACACUCCACCUAAUCAAUGCCAAACUCGAACGGCAGUCGCAGUUUUUCUACUAUCAGGGUGUUUUAGUUACUCGAACAGUGCGGUUAACCCUAUUUUAUAUGCUUUUCUAAGUGAUAACUUUAAAAAGAGUUUUCUUAAAGCUUGUACUUGUGCGGCAGGUAACGAAGUGAAUGCAACAUUGCAAAUGGAAAAUAGUGUGUUUCCUCGUAAAAUAAAAAAUAGUCGUGGCAGAACAAAUUUUAAUCCUGACAAUGUUCAAGGAGCAGUAACCGCAAUCACUAAUGAUAGUUAUAAAUCUGCAGAUGCAAAUGACAUUUACAACAGACCAAAAUCUUCGGAAGUUAGAUUCGGAUUAAAUUAUGACUUGAGUGAUAUGACUGUUGUUUGUCCUACAUCUGUCUAG